GUGUUCUCGGUGUGCGUCAACAUUCGCUUCCGUGACCUGUGCACGUCGCGGUAGGCAAGGCGUACGGCGGCGGUUGCGAGACUCUCGACGGUUUCUUUUCGGAAGGAUGGUCGACCAGCCGGAGCGACUCAACAUAGACAACAUACUGCAGAGACUGCUCGAAGUGCGUGGCUCUCGGCCUGGCAAGAAUGUGCAGCUGUCUGAGAACGAGAUCCGCGGCCUGUGCCUGAAGGGGCGGGAGGUGUUGCUGUCGCAGCCCAUUCUGCUUGAGCUGGAGGCACCCCUAAAGAUCUGUGGCGACACCCACGGCCAGUACUACGACCUGCUCCGGCUGUUCGAGUACGGGGGCUUCCCUCCCGAGAGCAACUACCUCUUUCUGGGCGACUACGUGGACCGAGGACGACAUUCACUGGAGACCAUCUGCCUCCUGCUCUGCUACAAGAUCAAGUACCCAGAGAAUUUCUUUAUCCUGCGCGGAAACCACGAGUGCGCCUCCAUCAACCGCAUCUACGGCUUCUAUGAUGAGUGCAAGAGGAGGUUCAACAUCAAGUUGUGGAAAACCUUCACAGACUGCUUCAACUGCUUACCAGUGGCUGCCAUUGUUGACGAGAAGAUUUUCUGCAUGCACGGAGGUCUAAGUCCCGACCUGCAGUCGAUGGAGCAGGUGCGGCGGAUAAUGCGGCCGACGGACGUGCCUGAUCAGGGCUUGCUGUGUGACCUGCUGUGGGCCGAUCCCGACAAGGACAUCAUGGGUUGGGGGGAGAAUGACCGUGGAGUCUCCUUCACUUUCGGUGCAGAUGUGGUUGCAAAGUUUCUGCACAAGCACGACCUCGAUCUUAUCUGCAGGGCACACCAGGUUGUGGAAGAUGGCUAUGAGUUCUUUGCCAAGCGACAACUGGUGACACUUUUCUCGGCGCCCAACUACUGUGGCGAGUUCGACAACGCUGGUGCCAUGAUGAGCGUUGACGAGACCCUGAUGUGCUCAUUCCAGAUUCUGAAGCCAGCCGACAAGAAGAAGUUUCCUUACGGUGGCAUUGCAGCGGGAGGGGGGAAGCCAGCACCACCACAGAGGGGACAGUGAAUGGGUGCUCCAGAUGGUGGACGAAAAAGAAAGCCCGGCAACCAUGCCUUUGCGGGCGAAGGGAGGCUGCACCAGGCUUUUUUUUUCUCUCUGACAACGAGACAAACGAGUGACACCAUUGGAGGAAGGUGAGGGAAAGAAUGGCUACAGUGGAUGCAACUCAAUGACCAGCAUAUGACCGCAAGAUUUGUGAGUGUAAAAUGUCACCAGACGGAACAACUGCUAACCCUCCUUGCUUGCGGGACACCUAUUGCCUGGGAAAUGCCAACCCACACCUUCCUUAUGUAGGCAGCUCUUGUGACGAAAGGACUUGUGAUCAUGGGGACAAGGGGACUGGUCUUAUAUAGCGUUUUUUUUUUUUUUUUGACUUCCUGUCCCCUCAGUGUUUUUCACUAGUUUUGUCAACUUAGUAAUGGGAAUUGCUCAGGCAGGUUGACAGCUUGAAUGUUGCACGUAUUCAGGAACACCCCGGUACUUGUUGAUUUCUUUUUGUUCACCUUCAAAAACAGCUCUGCUCUCUCUCCUUCCCCACAGUGCCUUCUUGCUAGGAAUUCUUUUUUUUUUUUUCCGCUCUCUCUCUCUUUACGCGAGUCUUCCUUCCUCUCUUGGCCAUUUGUUUCUGCUACAGCACUGCCCGAGCCUUAUUACUACUCUUCCUGUGCAUGCACUGCUUUUCAGCCCCAGGAAAAAAAUUUUUUUAAGUGUACCACGAGAGUGGGUGCGCAUAGACUUUUGGUGCACUAUUUCUGACGAGCACCACUUCGAUCAUGGCUCCCCACCGUCCCCGUCCCCCCCUUUGCCACCCUCAUUUCCUACUUCCAACAUUAGCUGUUUUCCUUUUCAUUGCUUUUUUUCCCCUAUUUCCUGUUAUCUUACUUCUUUUUUUUUCUUCUGUUAUAUACACCUCGCACUGCUGCCCUUAAGAAUAAAGAGUGGGGUCAUUCACCAGGCAGCUUACUCCAAAAGAAUAAAAUGUGAUCGUGUUGGCAAUUGUCUCGAAAGCCUGAGACGAUAGCUCAGAGAGGUAGAAAAGUGAUUCGUUUCUCGUCACAGUGGUCACAACUGGUAAUCCAGCCUUGUGGUUGGCAAGAUUCAGGGCUUCUUCGCACUUGCUCUGAAAGGAGAUGUACUAGCAGCACGACCAUCUGCGACCACCUGCUGCAGGCAAUGAAAUAAGUGUCUGUGUAUGCGUACAUUUUUCUCCUCUGCCUCUGACGCUGUACAUGGUCUCCUACAAAAGUGACCAUUUACAGUCAGUCGUGCAACCUCUACCAGUAGUAGCUGGGAUUACUUGGCCCUUGCACAUAUUGGCCAUUCGAAUGUUUGAGUGCGAUCAGUUGGCACAUUUGUUUGCCUGUCUGAAUGGAAUUGCCACUUGCAAGGCUAUGGAAGUGUCCUGAGUUUUGCUGUUGCUGCUUUUUACAUAUUUAAAUGAUUUUGCACUAGCAUUUUAUGCAGAGCAGUGUACUUUAUUCUACAAUUUUCUAUACUGUGUGUCAGUUUUGUUUCUUUUCUUUUCUUGUUAGUUCUUAUUUCUGAUGAGAUUUUACAAGUUUUAUACUGUACUAAGCAAACUUGCUUCAAACCUCGGGAUUCUGAGAAAUGGAACAUUCAAAGCCACAUUUAGAUUUGCCCUGUUCAUUUGCUGUUUUUUCAUUUCUGUGCUUUUAUUUGUUCCUGCUCAUUUUUAUGUUUGAUGAAAUAACUGGAACUGAUACACCCAUAACUGACACUUUAAUACAAAACUGUGAUGGUAAUCUGGUCUGCUAGUGAUAUAAAGAUGGCUUGGGUAGGGAGUCCUUCGGCCUAAAUUUUGCUGUUUAAAUGAAAGUGGAUGCAGAGGAAAAUUGCUGAAGUUUGCAAUGCUGUAAAUGGAACAAGAAAAUUGCAGCAGAUCUAGCUGUUAAUCUUCGCAGUGCAACGCUACGUUUCGCUUUUGUCUUUUAUUUAAUGCUCUGAUUUACAUGAUGAGAACGAUCUUUGUGAGCCUCUCAUCUAUGAUGUUGGCAAUCUUUUACAACUGAACUUUUGUCAGGCUUUGCUUAUAACUAGAUUAUAAUGGUAACCAGAAACCAGAAGAAAGCACAGACUGGAUGUUGCAUUAAUAGUAACUGUCGAGGGUUUAGUGUCUCAAAACCAUGAUAUGAGGAAUGCCGUAUUGAAGAGCUCUGGAAAUUUCGACCAUGUUUUUACCGUCAGUGAAAAUGCAGCCAGGGUUUGAUCCAGCGACCUUAGGGUCAGCAGUCGAGUGCCAUUGCCUUUUUUAACCAACUGUGGCAGGUCAGAUUGUAUUGACGUAAAGCCGUAUGUGCUCUUUUGCGGGUCAGUCGGCAAGGGGCAGGUGCGAGGUUGGAUCGAAGCAGGCAGUCGCACCUUUAUGGUCGCUGCGGUGUUGCUGCAUUAUAGUUGCUGCUACUGGCAGUUACUGACACAGUAAGUUGAAGUGCAUGACGUACAUGGAAAGUAAAAUCCAGGUUCUUUGCGAUGUUGAAGAAACCAACUCUCACCACUCGGAGCCCGAGACGCACCACCCGAGGUGGUAUAGUAAAGUGGGAGACGAAAACGUGCUGCCGCUAUUCCAAUAGCGGCAAUUAAUUGCUGGUUGCUUGAAGAUGAAGCGGAAACGCUGAAGAAGUUCUAGUAGGCUGUGAAAAACUUGUAUUUACAGACUGUACCAUUUUUACAAAGUUACGAACAUCAUAGUUACAACAACAACAAAAAAAACACUUUGGAAAUGAACCGACUUCUGUAGGGCGACCCUAGGGGAUUCGGCCGAGCCGACGGUGCCUAACACCUCAAGCCCUGUUCAGAACACUUUGCGGAACUUCAGUGCCUCUUUUUAUCCCCUCGGUGCUCCGCCCUUACGCCACUCUCGGCGAAUCGUCGCCUUCUUGUCCACUGAUAGGACAGUACACUUGGUUGACCAAAACCCGUCACCAGGACGCCACUUUCGUGCACGUGGGGGCUCAUGCCCUCUCCUCAAAUAAUGCAUCAACUAAAAUGUAAAUAAAAAAACUAUAAAAUGUCAUAAAAGCAUAGGCAAGCUUCUUGGCGCACAGUUGUCGUCUAGACUUAGAGCUACUGGGUCUUUGCAGCCAUAGAACUGCUUCCCUGUAACACGUUAACUUGUUGACGGCAGGGCAAUAAUUUGCCUGUCCCCUGUGCACUGUAAGAGGAACCACUAGCUCAUCCCACGUAGUUCUACUUACGAGCUCAUUUGCCAGGAUAAACGUGGAAGCAGUCAAAGACGUGCCGAUUGAACUAUAGGCUCCCCAGGCGCUGAUCUGUCGCGGGCCCGCUCGCUUCCGAGAUCUACUUCACCGGACCAGAACGAAAGGUUUGCGGCAAUCGCGGCAGUUUCGCAAUGCGCGCCACUGAUUUUGCAGGCUCGAACAGUACACGGCCGUGCCAUAAGCCGAACCGAUGUGAGGAGUCGCCGCGGUGUGCUGGGUCUCGGAAGAGGCCCAUCGAUGCGUCGGCUGCCAAUGCCAGGAUGCAAUAGGGGGCCUAUUGCAUCCUGGCACAGGCAGCCGACGCAUCGAUGGGCCGUCACAAUGACGUUUAUAAUGCCACCCCUUUUGUUGCUCACGUGGGAAAAGGUUUGUUUUUCCCGAGUUAACAGGAACUCGAAACGCUGGGCUGUCUCAGGCGCUGCAGAACUACGCGGGGUACCAUGCUGGUGCCGUACUGUCUGCAUUCUCAGCAAAUCCGGUCGGAUACGCUUCGACCGAGUGCAACCAAAGCAAUGCUGCCUGCCAACGGCUGACAUGCCUACCCAAAUUUACGACGCAAAGUAAAUGAAAGUGAACUAACUGCCGCGCAACCAAUUUUUACCGCGGUCGUACAUGCAAUGUGAGGUUAAGGUAUCUUGUAUCACGAAUGUAGCACGUGCUAAGCAAAACCAAAAGGCUCAACCUGGCCAACAACCAAGCGAAUUACAUCUGUAACUGUGCUCUGUCGCAAAAGCAUGGAACUUGCUUACAUCUUGUAGCUUUGGCAGGGCUGUAAAUGAAGAUGGAGGACGGAUAUACUGUGUUGGAUCUGCUGCAAUAUCUAUUCGGUAAGCGAAACCCAAUUCAUAAGGCAGGGCAUUGAAAGGCCUUUCCUUUAAGCAGGGUUUUGCCAUUAAUGCUUAAUAAAUGUUGCUUGUGACCGUAAACAUUUAGCACAUGAUCUCGUAGAUGAGGCAUUGCUCUGAGCUAACUGCCUGUGGUGCAUUGUUUGUUCACUACCAGGUGCACGUGUUCAAGGCCUAUUGAAAGGCCACUUGUAAAUUAUCAGCCUCGCCAGCUCUGCACCUUUGGCACAAUUGCUUCAGUGGUACAGACUACUUAUUUUUAACCCAUCGAGGCAUUUUCUUGCAUUUGGCUUUUAGAAAGGGUAACCAUUGAUAGGAUGAGCUUUUUUUUUCUUCUGAUUUUCUCUACAUUUCUCUUCUUACACAGCUUAACUCAAAGUGCAGAAGAAACUUCAUUCGGACAGCACUCAGAAUGCCUAUUUUUGAAAUGUUUUCAUUGCUUGAAUGGUCUGGUAAAAGCAGCCUGAGUAAGCUUUAUGUGCAGCUGUCUGUACUAGUGCCAAAAAAGAAAAAAUGUAAAUGGACACCAGUGGGAAAAGUUUAAAGGGACCGACGACUGCCCAGAACAUGCUAUGAGCGACUCCACUGACGGAAAGAUGGUCCAUCACAUUGACUGAAACCAACCACAUUUUUUUCAUGAGGGGUGCAUUCAUGUUUUUAUUCUUUCAUUGGAAGUUGGAAAAGAUUACUUAAGAGCAAAAACAUGAACACUCAGUUGUACCCGGUCAUGUGAACCUUGUCACAUGACCGGGUACAGCCAGUGCAGCCAGUGCUGCACUUUUUGUCAAGACCUUUCUCUUUUGUUGUGUCAAGUCCUUUCUCUUUUGUUUGAACAUCUAAGUAUUCACAUGUGUGCUAAGCUUAACACGUCACAUUCUUGAGUGUACCACUAGUGCAAAGAAAAAGAUACAUAAUUUUACAGCCCUCAUACUUACUUGGAGCAUCUUCUAACGCAACUGCCUGGACAUCUAGUAAUUGUGUUCUUGUUAGUACGGGUGUCUUUUUAGUUUUGUAUUUAUCAUUGUGGUGCAACUGAUCGCUGAUGUUUCAGCUGAAAGUAUUAGGUCGUUGCCACUUGCCUAUGCGUAUUUUGCUUUUUUUCUACUCUUGUCUCACAUGCAAAGUGUAGAAAUAUUUUAAGUUCAUAGGAAUAGAUCUGUAAAUACCUUGUUUUUAAGGUUAGCUUAUACAUGGAUCAAGGUGGAGAAUGGGAACUUUUUCAUAGUUUUUAUUAGCACUCAUAGUUUAUCUUUAGCACACGUCCUUGUAUUUUCGUUUCUUUGUUCCAUGUUUGCACUGUCAAUCUAUUCUUUAUUUGUCUUUGAUAAGCCUUGUGUAAUAGUGAAUAAUAGAGUUGCUCAAUGCAAAGAGA